CACCACCGCACUCCGACCAAAUUCCCCUUCUCGAAGCUUCCAAACCCUAGAAGCGGAGGAGCUUCGGGAUGGCGAAGGCGCGGAAGCAGAAGCCGGAAGGGGGCGCCGGCGGAGGAGGCGCCACCGUGCUCCACCAGAAGCUCUGCCUCUCCAUCGACAUGGAGAAGCAGCUGAUCUACGGGUACACCGAGAUAAAAGUUCUUCUAGCUGAGAACGAUACUUUCGCUCUACAUGCUGACAGUAUGACAAUUCGGAACAUAUUGGUGGAUGGUGAGGCUGCUGAGUUUGAGUAUUCUCCUCACUGGAAAAAUGUUGACGGUCAACCGAGUUGGUUAUCAGUAUCAUGUCCGAAGACUGCAGCUGAUGCUGCGUGCUCAGCUUACAUUUCUUCUCUAUAUGGCGAAUCUGUACCUAAUCUCAUCAUUUCAUCUGAGAGAUCAGUCAAGUCAACCACUGAGUUACCCGAAAGAGAAAAUGGUGAACAUCAUGAAGAAAAUGGUGGAAACUCUGUUAAAUUUUCUGAUGACAAAGCAGUUAAAAUCUGCAAUGGUUCUGCAGAGGGAAAUGACAAGGAAGAGGAAAAGGAAAACAAAGAGGAAGAUGAAAAGGAGAACGAAAAGGAAGAGAAAACUGAGAUGGAGACAGAGGAGAAAGAGAGGGAGAAGGACAAGGACAAGGAAACUGAAGAGGGGAAGGAGAAGGAGACACAGAAGGAGAAGGAAAAGGAGAGGGAGGAGAAUGAGGAAAAAGAAAAGAAAGACAUAAGUGAAAAUGAGAAGGGCAAGGAAAAUGAAAUGCAUAUCGAGAAUGAGAAGGUGAAGAACACAAAACUGGUUCGUGUAGAUUAUAUUUUGGAGAAGGCUGAAACCGGCGUCCAUUUUGUCAACAAUGUUCUACAUAGUAAUAGUCAAAUAAGACGUGCACACUGCUGGUUCCCUUGCAUUGAUAGUGCCACACAACGUUGUCCAUUUGACCUAGAGUUUACAGUUAGCACAGAUCUAGUCGCAGUCAGCAAUGGCGACUUGCUUUACCAGGUCUUAAGCAAGGAAGAUCCUCCAAGGAAAACUUAUGUAUAUAAGUUGAACACUCCUGUUAGUGCACAGUGGAUAUCAUUGGUUGUUGGUCCAUUUGAAGUUCUUCCUGACAAGAAUGGAACAAGUGUAUCACACAUGUGUUUAUCUCCGACUUUGUCUAAGCUUGAGAACACCAUAUCAUUUUUCCACGAUGCUUACAGCUGUUACGAAGAUUAUCUUGCUGCACCAUUUCCCUUUGGUUUAUACAAGCAAAUUUUUCUUCCAUCUGAAAUGGUUGUAUCACCAAUGAGCUUUGGAGCCUCCACAUGCAUCUUCAGUGCAGAUAUCUUAAAUGAUGAGAAAGUUAUAGAUCAGAUUAUUGGCACGAGAAUCAAACUAGCAUACGCCCUUGCAAGGCAGUGGUUCGGCGUAUACACAAGUGCAGAAGAGCCAAAUGAUGAAUGGCUACUGGAUGGUUUGGCUGGUUUUCUUACGGACCUUUUUAUCAAGCGUUACCUUGGGAAUAAUGAGGCACGCUAUAGGCGUUUCAAGGCCAACUGCACCGUAUGUCAGUUUGAUGUCAGUGGUGCAACUGGCUUGGGGUCUCCUGCUGCUUCAACUGAUCUGUAUGGAACUCAAACGUUUGGCUCGUAUGGGAAAAUCCGUUCAUUGAAGGCAGUAGCUGUUCUUCAAACAUUGGAGAAGCAGAUGGGACCAGAUUUUUUUCGGAAGAUUCUGCAGAUGAUAGUGGCUUCAACUCGUGCUUCAAGAACACUAAGUACGAAAGAGUUUAGGCACCUUGCGAAUAAGAUUGGUAAUCUGGAACGUCCAUUCCUGAAAGAAUUUUUCCCACGGUGGAUUGAAUCUUGUGGAUGUCCAAUUAUGAGAUUGGGAAUCUCCUAUAGCAAAAGGAGAAAUAUGGUUGAAUUAGCUGUUUCACGGGGUUGCACAGCAAAAGCUGAGCCUGGUUCUGAUAGUCACACGGAUGGAGAUAUUCAAGAAGGUGCUACUGGAUGGCCUGGAAUGAUGAGCGUGCGUGUUCAUGAAACUGACGGAGUGUAUGAUCAUCCAAUUCUACCAUUGGCUGGUGAAGCUUUGCAGGUGGUGGAAUUACAGUGCCAUUCCAAAGUAGCAGCAAAGCGGUUUCAGAAAACCAAAAAGGGCUCCAAACCUGAUGGUUCUGAUGACAACGUAGAUGCUUCGACUCAAGAGAACCGCAUGAGGUCUAUUUUGCCUAAUUCACUUUUUUUUUAUUCCUGCUAUUUGCCUGAAACUUAUUUUGGAUCUAUGUACUGCAGCAUGGAUGCACCUUUACUAUGGAUCAGAGUGGACCCAGAAAUGGAAUACCUUGCUGAAAUCCAUUUUCACCAGCCUAUUCAGAUGUGGAUCAAUCAGUUGGAGAAGGACAAAGAUGUCAUUUCCCAGUCACAGGCGAUAGCUGUUUUGGAGAAAUUACCUCAGCUCUCUUUUGCUGUGAUUAAUGCCCUCAAUAAUUUCUUAAAUGAUACAAAGGCCUUUUGGAGAGUCAGAGUUGAAGCGGCAUAUGCAUUAGCUGUAACUGCGUCUGAGGACACCGACUUAGCUGGGCUGCUUCAUCUGGUUAAAUUCUAUAAAAGCCGCCGGUUCGAUGCAGAUAUUGGAUUACCCAGGCCAAACGACUUCCAUGAUAUUCCAGAAUACUUUGUUCUUGAGGCAAUUCCCCACGCAGUAGCUCUUGUGAGAUCAUCAGAUAAGAGUAGCCCGAGACAAGCUAUUGAGUUUAUUCUUCAGCUUCUAAAGUACAAUGAUAACAACGGAAAUGUAUACUCUGAUGCCUACUGGCUAGCUGCAAUGGUCCAGGCAAUAGGUGAAGUAGAAUUUGGCCAGCAGGGUAUAGGCCUGCUAUCCUCUCUUCUGAAGCGUAUCGACCGACUCCUGCAAUUCGACAACUUUAUGCCUGGUUACAAUGGGGUUUUGACUGUCAGCUGUAUUCGGGCCCUUGCACGUAUAGCGGAGAGGGUAUCAUCCUCCAUUUGCCUUGAACGUAUUUGUGAAUUGAUCUCCCCUUUCCGUAACAUGGAUAAACCAUGGAAAGUCCGAAUAGAAGCUAGCAGGGUUCUUCUUGAUCUCGAACUUCAUCAUAAAGGCGUAGAUGCAUCUCUCUUGUUGUUCUUGAAAUAUGCCGAUGAAGAAAAAUCUUUGCGAGGAGGCACAAAGUUGGCUGUUCAUGUGUUGCGCAUAUGUCAAGCAAAUAUUGAAUCUAACCUCACUGAUCAGAUAAAAUUACCAACACUGGUUGGUCUCCUUCACUUGCUUGGUAGCAAAAAAUCGUACAACAAUGUUCUACUCCGCCACAAUGUAUUCUGCAUUUUGCAAAUUGCUGCUGGAAGGCCUCCAACACUGUAUGGAGUUCCAAAGUUUUCCGCCCCUUCUCCACUGGUCCAGGAGAUAUCUAUCGAUCAGCAUACUAAAGCUGAUUCCUCAGUUCCUCAACUAUCUAGGCCUCAAGAACCUUCCACUAGCACUCCUAGUGUUCGUGAGGUUUUACCUACCACUGGACCUUCCAAAGAGGCUGACAAUAUAUCUAACUGCAGCGAGAGAAGGAACGUUGUCAAAAUCAGGGUUAGGCGUGCUGCAUCUUCCAGUAAAGCAGAUGGUGCUGCAUCUUCCGUGAGUAAAGCAGAUGGUGCUGAUAACAAAGUUCAUUCACAUGGUGGAAGAAACGAAAACGAAGUAGGUCCUUGUAGUUCAAUGUCGGUGGAUGCCCCCAUGGUUGGAGCGCCAAAUGAGCCACUGAACACAAGUAAUCAUAUCGAGGAGCAGAACUCAUGUCAUGACCGUGAAUCAAGGAUGUCUGCGAGCGUCAGCAAUGCCAAACAGAUGGACACACAUGAGGUUUCCAAGGAACUACAGUGUACAGCCGACUCAAGGCUAGAUGGUGCUGAUUCAAGGCUAGAUGCUGUUAAGGAUCAGUUCUCUCCUGCCAUUAAUGUGCAGGAAAGCGUAGAUAAGCCGAGCAGUCAGCUUGAAGGAGUGUCCACCAGCUAUGUUGGAACCCAAGCUCCAGAAUCUGUCAACGGGCUGGACUCUAAGGAGAAGAAGAGAAAGGACAAGAAAGAUAAGAAGCGGAACCGAGACGAAAAACGAGACAAGAAAGAUGACCCGGAGUAUCUGGAGAAAAAGCGACUCAAGAAAGAGAAGAAAAAGAUGGAGAAGGAGUUGGCCAGAAAGCAGAAGGAAGGCGCCCGUCUUUCUUCUCAGCAAGAAAUAGUGAAACCUUCGUACUCGCAGGGUACUUUGGCAGCGACACCACCAGCUCCGGAGCAAAGCGCUGAACCCCAGGUUUCAAACAAGGAUGCUGCUGCUGUAGAUAUUGCAAGGACACCACCGACCAAGAAAAUAAAGAUCAGAUUCAAGCCCUUGAAGAAGAUAAACUGAUCCGAGUUGGAAGAAGUUCUGGAUUGUCCUUACGCCACCAUUUGUGAGGAUUAAUUGGUGUACAGUAGGAAAGAAACAGGCGAGCUGUAGGUUGUAUGAGGAGUAGCCAGAUUUUUUGUGAAUGGCCCAAUGUAUCUUGUAAACAAAUACCGCCCCAGUAAUUUCUGGGAGUAAUUCAGACCAAGUUCUAGGGAAACUUAGGGUGAUGAAUGAGAACGCACCAUUCUGUGA